CUGUGGCCUGUUUGUUUACGAUCCAUUUCGGCUUCAAAUUGUUUUUAAUAGUUAUUCAUUUAUUAACUAGACAACAAUACUAAUCCAUGGAGGCCAAGAAGAUAUCUUUUGGCUUUAGUAAGUUGUCCAAGAAACCAAACAUUCUGCCCAGCAAGCAGCCGAAAGAGGAAAGCAAGGUGGAGUUGAUAAAAUGUUUGGAAGGAAACGAAAUCAUGCCAGUCGCCGAAAAGGUGGAAGCUGCUCCUCUUACCAUCAAAAUGAUCGGCAUGCAGAAGACUUCGUCCGCUUUGGCGAGCCUGAUGAGGAGGCGGGCAGUUCUGCUUGGCGAGGAGGAACCGGAUCCAGAGGAGGUGACUCCUGUGGCCCAGUCUAUAGCAGAAGUCACCGCAGGUGGUCCAACAGAGAGUCUGGAACAGAGAGCAGCUCGGGAAUUAAUAUCUGCCAUGCAAAAUAACGGUGCCGAAGGCCUAGAUGACCAGAAACUUGUCCUACCCGCUCUUAAGGCAGACGAACUGCCUCUCGAUGGUGCCAAGGAGGCAACAUUAGAUGACUAUGACAACAUACCUAUACAACAAUUUGGCUUAGCUAUGCUGCGCGGCAUGGGCUGGGUUGAUCCACCGCCAAAAAAGAAGGGCUCAGGACCCAUCGAUGAUGCCCCCUUUCUGCGACCCAAAGGCAUGGGUCUGGGAGCAGAUAAGGCGCUCAAACCUAAAGCUCUACUGGUCCAGCCGGAAAAGAACGAGGUACUAGAGAUCAAGAAGCAGGCCUACGUGCGCAUCCUGGGCGGCAAGCAGAAGGAUCAAUAUGGCCAAAUCCAAGGUUUUGAUGACCAUGCAGGGCGAGUUAUUGUCAAAAUGGCAAUUGGAGGAGCCAAAGAGGCGUUCAACGAGUUCCUUUGUCAGCCCGUAUCCCGCAAGGAGUACUCUCAGUAUGGCAAAUGCAUAAACACUGCCAAAUACGAAGAAUUCAAAAAACAUGAAAACGAGCAUGGCCAGAUUAUUGUAAAGCAGGAAAAUCCGUCAGGAAGAAGGGACAGAGACCGCAGGGAAGAAAUUAGAUCAGACCGGGAUGAAGCUCGAGAUCAAAAGAGUUCAAAGUCAGAGGACCAGAGAUCUAGUAAAGAAGACUAUCGCAUGAGAUACAAGGAAGAAGAUAAUAGGUCUUACAAAUACAAGGACGAACAUCGCAGGACGUACAAGGACGAGAGAAAAUCGUACAAAGAAGCCAAAUCUUACAAAGAGGAGGUGGAUCGAGAAAAGAAGUAUGUGCAAGACCUACGGAGUAGUAGCUCCUCUGUAUCUAAACGCGAGGAACGUGAGCGUCGUCGUUCGCCGAGUCCCAGAGGCAGAAGCCCAUCUAAGCCGAAGCGGGAGGACCGUGACCGAAAGCGUUCGCAGAGUCCCCGGAGCACCAGAAGAACAAAGAGUAGUUCAGACGAGGCAGACGAUACGGGAGAGUCCACCGAGAGCGACUCCGACUCUGCAUAUGAACGCAGGAAGCACAAGAAGAAAUCAUCCAGCCACAAGUCAAGAAAACACUCAAAGAAGUCCAAAAACAAAUCGAGAAAGGUGGACCACGACUCCAGCUCAGAGAGCGAUGACAGCCUCGAUGAAAACCAUCGUCGGCACCCCAGCAAGCACAAAAAGAAGACCAAGAGGAGCAAGCACGUCAGGUCCCGCACGCGAUCUAGGUCAAGAGACCGUCAGUGAUUGAUCUAUUCAGUUGAAAUCUUUAUUUAAAUAUAGUUCAUUAGACGCUUAAGUUCCUUUUUUAUCUUACUUGGGAUUAUCAUAAAUUUCAAUUAACUCACAAAAUAA